GUUUAAUAAAUCUAAAGAAUUAACACGUUCGCAUCAGGAUUCCAGAAUGUCAAUAAUAAACGAAGAGGAUCUGGUUAUACAUUUAGGAAGUAUUUUAUAAAUAGAAAUGCAUCUGUUACUUGAUGAAAUAAAAACUAUGUUACACGAAUUUCAGAUAUUCGAAGCUUUCAAGUACCUCUUUUAUGCGCGUACUUGUAAUAAAUACAUUCAACGUACGGUCGAUCAAAAAUUGUCCAUGUAGAAGACAUAAGACGAAGAUACCUUCGUUUUGCAUAAUUUAAAGUCUAAGAAUAGAGUUCGUUCUCCUUUCCAUAAUUUUUAAAGUUAUUUUACUGAUCGCCUCUAAAGUACGUAUCUCCUUCAGUUAACGAUCAAAAGUCAUCCUACGCUGGUCAUUAAUGUACAGGCGUGUUUCCUAUCUAAAAUCCGGCAAUAUUUAAAAAAUCAUUCUCUCGUGAAACCGGAAGUCCGUGAAAAAAUCACAGGAAUUCCCGUAACGUCGACACGGUCGCUGGAACUAACUCACGAACGGUUUGCCGCAGGAGGAAAAUGUGGAGCUCGGUAACCGCGGCUGGCACUGAAAAUGGGCCCGCGCCACCUUCCAGGAGCAAGCACAGCGCCACUUUGCUCGCCGGUCACGUAUAUCUCCUCGGAGGACGAAACGGCAAUCUUCCCCUCAAAGAUCUCUGGCGAUACAGCCUGGCCGAGAGCAAAUGGGAGGAAUUGCAUCCUGGGGGAGAGAGACCGCCAGCACUUCAGGAGCACAGCGCUGUGGCUUACAAGGAUUGCCUUUACGUUUUCGGGGGAGAACUCGGAUUUUCCGCAGGCACGGAAACGCCACUCUGGGUUUACAAUGUCAAGACUAACAUGUGGAGAAAGGUGAGAGCGCAACGGGGCUGUGCAGUUCCUAGGGGACGAAGAGGCCAUACGGCAUUGGUUCAUCGAGGUCAAAUGCUCAUCUACGGUGGCUAUCAAGAUUUGCGUGGAAGCUCCCCAGAGCUGUGGGCGUUUCACUUUGAAACGGAAUCCUGGCACCUUCUUUCGUCCAGUGAAUGCGGCCCGGCAGCGAGGCAUAAACAUUCAGCGGUUCUUCAUGGCGAUGCGAUGUACGUUUACGGGGGUAUGACCGACCUCCAAGAGAGGAGCGACUGUUGGCGAUGGGACGUGAAUGCAGCCUCCUGGUGUCUAUUGAAAAAUAAGCCCGGUCCAGGGCCCCUUCACGGUCACGCCGCCUGUAGACUUCCCAGUUGUAUGUUAAUUUUCGGUGGAGAAAGCGGCGGUCUAGCCACGAACGAGCUCUGGAGGUUUCAUUUCGGUACGGAAACGUGGGAGAAAUUGUCAGUGGCAGGUCCUAAACCUCAACCAAGAGCCGAAAGCGUUGCCCUAGCGGUUUCUGAAUUAAUCAUUCGAGGGACCAACCUCGACAACGCGAAGUACAAGCCGAGAAAUCAAAGGACGAGGCUGUGCAACAGCAGGAUAUCACCGAACGAGGCACCGGCUAGACCGAGCUUCCUGAAAGAAAUUUCGAAAUUGUCGCAAAUCAAUCUGUCGCGGCUGAGCCAUCCGGCGAAAUGCAGUUAUUCCGUUCUAAGCGGUCAAGACGACAACGAGGAAAGUCCUCAAGAGGCGAACUCGUAUUAUCCAUUUCAGCAAGUAGACGCGGAGGUCGUCGAACCGUCAACGGGGAUGGUGAAGUCACGGAGCGCCAACACGCUGGCUCGCCGAAGACAAAAGCCACCUGAAACAACACCGAAACCUGUCGACUCCAACAACAGCAACAGUACCACCAGCUCCGGGAUGACCAGGGACCCCAUUUCGGUCCCAAACUUCCGUGCCCUCACCUUACCUACACCUGUCCUGACACCUGUGGAAGCGGCCAGGCUAGUUUUCGUCGACCCUGACGACAACAGCGACAACGAGGAACGCAAGGAACCCCCUACCUCCAGAUUGAUAGAAGUCCAAGAGGAAAGACGGGACUUCGCGGCCAUUCAUCAAGCCUGCCAGCCGACCCGGGGCGAGAGUUACACUUCCCAUCUAUACGAAGCGGCGCUUCAGACGCCAAAGACGCCGACCACCGCGAAGAUCCCGACGUCAGCCUCGGUCAGGUUCGCCGAUCUGGAGGAAGGCGAGGAGUCGACGUCGGAUUACGCGAGUAUAGAGGCCAGGAGUCCUGGGGAUCCCCUCGCCGACGACGAUUGGCCGUCAGGGCGAAAGUCCAAGCAAUACCGUCCCAUAGUGACUCCGUCGACGAUACGCGAGGGUCAGUUCGGCUUUUGCAAUCCGAAUUACCUUGGCUUGGACGAGACGAGAGGUCACCAUCACCAGCAGCCACAGUCCCAAGACGGCAAGUACGCGAAGAUGUUGAACAGCCCACCGGAUAGCGUGUUGGAGGACGAGCCAGGAAGAUCCGCCUCGCAGACGUUCGCGGAGCUGUUGGAGCUUCAAGAAAUCAAGAGGGUGCCUAGAGCUCCGCCGAAAAGUUUGCCAUUAGGUUCUCCAUCCAGAAGAGCCGUGAGCGCUUCAAGGGCGGAGAGACAAAGGGCGAAGGUGGCCGCGGCGGAUAUCCACGAUUCGGAAACUCCGUCUUACGGGCCAGCGCCGCUGUACGUCUUUUUAGUUGGUGGAAAGGAGAAGGGCCAGGUCACGGUGUUCGCCAGGCCUGUUUCUUUAUGGAAAUUGCAAUUAGCUCCACACAUCUUUUAAACAGGUUAAGCGAACCUAGCGAUCGGGUUUCUUACUACCUAUGUUUCUCGGGCCCUUGGGCAAGAAAUGGUUUUUUGGUCCUUGGUUCUCUUCUAACGAAAUUUAAUUAGAUAUAUUGUCUAGAAGAAUAUAUUGGAUCGUUUUAAUAACGUCAAUGCGUAAUUCAUUUGGAGGACUACUUUAUCAUUUUGCAGGUACCGAAACUGCGAAAAUUGAUAUUAAAAUAUGGUUCUGUUUAGUAAUUAUAAUUUGAGAAACGGGAAUUGUUGAUGAAUGUAGUUUUGUAGACGUUACGUUUAGUUAGUACAGAGCUCCCCUUGUCUGUUAAUUUAUUACUCCGUUUAGCGUCGAAGAUCGAACGCGUGGUUGGUUAUCAGUGGACUUAUUUUCAAGUACUGUCAUGUUUGUCUUUCACUUGGUUUUUGAUCGUAAAUAUGUUCGACUUUGAUUAAAAGUCUUUCAUUGUAGUUAAAUGUACCGUCGAUACAUUUUAUAGCGCGUCGCAUAUUGUGAUCGCCGCAACCAAGUACUCGAGCUUAAAACGUUAAAUUUAGUCCAUUAGAUCUGAAAGGGAUAACGCCAAAUGAGUUGGACACGUCGCCAGUUAUCAUUUAUGCGUUAACAUUCUAUUUAAACAAUUCUUAAGAAGUUAUAUACGGUUGGGCAUUAUAAAAGAUGGCUCGACUUUAUGAAUUUUUGUUUAAAGAAAACGAAAGGGAUUAUUAUUAAUUAUCAAACGACAUAUAUAGAAAACAAGAAUCGGAUAAUUUUCUAAAGUAUAUCAUCGUCGUUAAAUAAAAAGGCAACUUUUGGAAAUCAGGAAGAACUUUAUAAUAUACUUUAUAAAGAUUCAUAAAAUCAUGCCUUUUUUAGUGUCUAAUCGUAUAUAGCUCCUUAAGCAAUUCUCUUUCCAACGUAGAAGGAAGCGUAGAAUUUAAUGUGAUUAAAAAAAAAAAUAUAGUGCUAAAACUUUCCGUUACCAUUUUUUGUUCAGUGACAUCUCUAUACGAUAUCGUUGAUCAAUCAUCGUCCUUGAGAUAAAAUAUACCGAAUGCAUACUUGUCUGUAUAACAGCGAACGUUUGAAUUCGAGAUUCAGUUCCCUUGCUCUAUCGUCUACUUUGCUACUCAAAUUUUCGUGAUUGUAAUCGUACAAGGAACCGUUCACGUUUAGCAUAGGCUCGUAAACAAAUACGUACGAAUCGAGAGUUCAUAUUGAACCGAUUACUUUAAGAAGAUUGUUCGUCGCGUUAAUUAACAAAGUAAGACGUGACGCAGUGAAUGUUCAUAACCAAGCGCAAGUCAAGCGAGUGGAGCUAAUAGUCCUUUGCUUCUAAAGGCGUCCUAUCAGUUGUAAGUGGUAUAUAGGUAGUAGUAAGUCUUUACGGAAAGCUAUAAGAAUCACGAUGAGUCGAGGUGGAUAAAUUGUAUUCUAGAUUUGUCGCAAACGUCACGAUUUUUUAUAUUCAUAUAGACUAUUCGAAUUAUUUUGGAAAUUUAAAAACAACGUGAGUUGUCUAGAUACAAAAUUCCAACUCGAGAAUUAAAGAUAUACAAUUAUUGAUCAAAGUUACAGUAUCGAAUCGUAGAAUCAAAUCAAAUUCGAAAUCAAAUUAUAUUUUACAUUGAACAUUAUGAAGUAAAUGGCCCAAUUACUGACACAUUUUUAGACAAUCGUCAUUUUGAAUAACACUAUAAUAGAAAAUUCUGAGCACUAUUUUUAGUCUAUAUUAUAAUAUAAGAAAAUAUAAAAUGUCAUGAGAUCCAUAAGAUACUCUUACUUUCUUCCUAAAAAUAAUAAUGCUUUAUUAUUUAUAAAAUAAAUUGAAAGUGUCGAAAUUGAGUGCACUCGCUUAAAAAUGUUUGAAUUUAUCUAUUAAUCGAGUCUAAUCCUGUCCAUCUUCGGCUCACACCGAUAGUAGCUAAAAACGUUAAAGGACUCGCCUGAUCUGCGCUUAACUGCCAUUAACUGUGAACUCGGUAUGCGUAGCGUAUAAACUAGAAGUAUACUAUCCGUAAGCUUGAGAUAACGUUCAAAAUGUCCUGAAUAUAUAUCGAUGGGGAAUCGGUGUGUGGUUGUGCCGAAUGUGUAUAAUUAAAUUACGAUACAAUUAUUCUGCGGAAAUUAGAUUUUUAUAAAAAAAACGAUAACCCUUAACGGAAUAAUCGCGAUCGAUCUAGAGUAGAAUCUAAAAGGAAAUAUAUCUAUGCCCCGAUUUACACGCUACAUUCUUUAUACGAUCUGAUUUUCACACAACUUUCAAAAUUAUAUUUCAUUUUUCGUUUACGUUGAAACAAAUGAAUUCAAUUAAUAAACAGAUUAAAAUUACGUACAUUUCUUUUUCGUUAUUUGCACAGCUUUUCAACAAAAACUCACGGUUAUUUACACGAUAUUCCAAGGAACCAAUCUACCGUGCAAAUCGGGGAACAGGUGUGCCCAAACGGAGACUGUGCCGAUAUUCGUUUUAAUUCAAUCGCAAGAGAAAAGAUUUCUAAAUUCGCGGAGCGUACAAUCGUCGCCGUCGUGUUCCAGAAUUAUUGUAGCGAACAUUGGUCAAAGUUUUACGUGGAUUACGUGAUUUGUAACGAUAGUCGAAAGUCUCCACCGUGACUGUAUUUACGAGUAUAGCGUAUUAGUUCCGAUAGGUGUAUCGUAAGAGGAAAAAAAAAAUGGUAAAGUACGACAGAAGGUUUCUUGUUCGUGUAGAAUUUUUAUGCCCACGAAGGCCCAAUUCAUGUAAUCCAUCCAUAAGUAGCAAAAGGUCAACGUGACACCUGCUAGGCUGAAUAUUGAGAAAUAUUUCAUUAACAUUUUUUAUCCAUUUAUCCGUUGUUCGAACGAUAUCCAACUUUCCUCGUAGGAUAUUCUGUAAGUUUCUAAUCUAUCUAAUUCUAUCUGUUUGUUCAUAGGGGCACGUGCAAUAUGUAUAUGUAUAGGUGUACUUCGUUUGUUAGAAAGAUUUCAUAAUGUUCAGCUAGAGGGCUCGAGCACCUGAAAAAUCAAUGUUUUCCAUUCGUAGCACUAGUCAAUUUAACAUCUCAGUGUACAAAAGUUAAGAUAAAUGUUUCGUGAUAUCCCUUCCCCUAUUAGAAUCCCUUAGCCUAGCGUCUAUUAAUUUUCAGAUAGACUAGCAAGUUACGAUACCAUCCACGUUGGAUUUUUAUGUUGUACGGGUAACCGCUUCCAUAAUCUCGACCAUUUUUGCGUAAAAUAGCGAUCGUACUUGGUUAAUUUAGUAAAUACACGAUUACUUUUCUUAUGUACGACAUUUGCAUUUAUGUUCGACCAUAAGCACUCUCGUAGAUUGUACACGCUUUCUUGAGCGUCAAUUUGAUUUUUCUAAAUUGAUAAAAUCAAAAGUAUACAAUCGUUCAGUAGUACUUGAUAUACGAAUUAAUAGAGCGAUUCAAGAGCUACAAAAUGCUACAUGUAACAUAAAACUUCAAUACCGUUAUUUAAUUUAAGCAUCCGUUGCAAAAGAAGGGAAAACUUUUCUUUCACUCUACGAUUAACGUUUUCGCGUCACAAUUAUGUUUUACGUUGUAGAUGCGCAUAACACAAUCCGAUAGUCAAUUAUCACAAUGUCGUUAAAUGCAUCCGUUGGCAAAUAUCUCUCUUUAGAGUAUUUACGCCGCGUAAACGAGAUUCAGAGUAUAAGCUCGAAGACAUGGGUCUGGUUUCCAAAACGAAAGAAAAAGAAAAAAAGAUAGACAACAGUGUAGCUGAUUCGAGUGCCUCUACAUCGUUCAAAUAAAUGCGUUUCAUAUUUUUCGGAACACAAACUCCUUUUCGGAAAGUAAUAUUUCACCAUGUUAUCUUCAAGCUUAUGCUUCCCUUUAGCGUUAUCGAUGGCUAUGCGUCGUACGAGCGAUACGAUUUAAAAUAUUACAUUGUAUAACGUCGAUACUAACCGAGGCUUUCGAUACCUUCUAAUAAUACAAAAUUAAUAGUUAAAAACGAAUAUUGGCGUCCCUUCAAAGGUAUACAGGGUGUCCCAAAAAUGUUGUAACACCUUGAAAGGGGUGAUUCGGGAGAUGAUUUGAAACAACUUUUUCCUUAGCAAAAAUGUUGUCCGAGGCUUCGUUAAGGAGAUAUUAACAGAAAACCCCGACCAAUCAGCGGGCACUCCAUUGGCAUACUCGCGCUCUGAUUGGUCGGGGAGUGCGGCCGGCUAGCGGCGUAGCUACGCUACCGCGAGCGCUCCAUCGGCAUCCUCGCGCUCUGAUUGGUCAGUGUUUUCCGUUAAUAUCUGCUUAACGAAGCCUCGGACAACAUUUUCGCUAAGGAAAAAGUUGUUUCAAAUCACCUCCCGAAUCACCCCUCUCAAGGUGUUACAACAUUUUUGGAACACCUUGUAUACUAGGCCCAGUACGAUAAACGCUCCCUUCCUUUCCUCCCCUCUCUCGCUCUCCCUCCUCAGCCACCCCCACCACAGUUCAUUCCGAAAGCACUUGUAUUAUGAUGAAAAGUAUAUAAUUUCAUGAUAAUUGCAAAGCUAUCUUUGAAUUAUUUUAUCCAAAGCACACCUGGAAGGCUCGGUUAGUAUCAAUCGCGAACAGGGCCGUAGAAGCCUGAGAUAUCUGAUACAACGUCGCUAAAAAGAAAGGAAACAAGUCGCGUCGUAUUCCAAUCGAGUUUCAUAUCACAGAAUGCAGUAUUUUUUCAACGAGUAAGCCUUCAAAUAGAGGACCCACGCUGAUUUGUCUAUGUUUAAAUGUCAGACAAUAUACCUAUAUUACAUGUACACAUAUACAUAUAUAUAUCUCCACGUAAGCGAAUAGUUGCGAGGAUCAAUAACAAUUGGUAAACAUCGCGACGGUAAUGAUAUUAAUAUAAUUUGCACGUGAUUAUACAUAAUAUGUUCGCUGGUUUCGUCUAUGGAACAUUACACGCGAUUCAGCCAGUGCAAUUUUCGAUUCCUUAGUUGUUGUAUUUUACUUCCAUGUAAUGAGAAUCGGUGGCGAACGUCGUUUCUCGCCAUUGGAAUUCGUGUAAGAAUUAUUAAUGGUAUAAAUAUUAUAGAUAGAUACCACAAGAUGCUUAUACAGUUCGAUGAUAUGAAAUACAAUAAUACUUUUGCGUUAGCAAUUUACGUCAAAGGAGAACGAAAACGUUAUUUACUUUUCCUCUUGUUUGUAGUUCUAGAGCAAGAGUUGGCAACCUAUUCUUUAACCGAAUUAUUAUUACUCUUGAGUCGAAUCAAAUUAUUUUAAUCACAUUUCCAUCGAUUAAAGCUAAGAAAUGAAAAAUAAGGACAAAAGUCUCAAAAUAAGAUUUAAUUUUUCCACGACUUAUUAUUUCUAUCCUUUUCGUAUUCCGUUAGAGUAAGAGAAUCAAUCGAUAUGAAUCGAUAGUUUGACUUUUGGAAUAAUACGAUUGUGCAAUAUGGAAAUGUAUUUUCACUUGUGAAAAAUAUCUCGCAUAUUA